UGACAAGGCAGGGACAGACUAACCGGGCGGCAGCGAUGUCUCUCCUGUCCCUAACCAAUCCUCCCGGCUGGAGCGUGUGCUCUGCUCUCUGUAUCCUCAUCGUGUUGCUCCCAGAGGCCAAAGCAGACGACCUCAACACUACCACUCAGCGCAAUGGCGGGGGAUCCCAGUGUGGGGAGUACACUAACCAGGUGAUGGAGGAUGGGAUGUGUCGGCUGGUGGCCACACUGCCUCAGCUGGACGAGCAGAAGUGCCCUGAUAUGUUCCGCUGCACAGACGAGGUUUCUUACUGGCUGCACGAGAACGAGGAGAGGAAGCAGCAGAUCGUGGCGCUGAAGGAGACCAUCUCUGAGCUGCAGGAGGAGCUGAGUAACCACCGGCACCGCAUCAGAGUCCUGGAGCUGCAGACUGAGGAGAGGAACCACUUGAAUAUCUCCUUGGAGCAGCGUUUUCAUGAGUUGGAGCAUCACUAUGUUGAAGCUACCACCCUGCUGCACCUCCAGGGCACUCUGAUCCUCGACCUCCAGAACCAGCUCCAUAAUCUCACACUCCUGGUAGAUAAAGUAAAAAGAAGCCCAGGGUGCUUUAUCAACGUCGUCCGUCCCAACCCGCUGAUGAGUGCUCAAGAAGCUCUGCACCCAGGGAUGCAGCAUGUGAGGAACUGUCCUAUAGACUGUGCUUCCAUCUACUACAAUGGAGUGAGGAGAUCAGGUCUCUACACAGUAGUGCCAUCAGUGGCUGGCAUGCCUGUGGAGGUCUAUUGUGACAUGGACACAGACGGUGGUGGCUGGACUGUGAUCCAGCGACGAGUUGACGGCUCAUUGAGCUUCGAUCGCAGCUGGAGGGACUACAGGGACGGAUUCGGUGACCUGCACUCAGAGUUCUGGCUGGGCAAUAAUCACAUACACGACCUGAGCACCCAGGGAGACUACAGCCUCCGCAUUGACCUGGAGGACUGGAGCAACAAGCACAAACACGCCCUCUACCAGAGCUUCAGUGUGGAAGAUGAGGAUCAUCAGUACCGUCUCCAUGUGUCAGGCUUCAGCGGGACAGUGCAGGACUCCUUCAGCUGGUAUCACGACAAGCAGGGCUUCAGCACUCCAGACAGCGGCAACAUCUGCGCUGAGAUCUCCCACGGCGGCUGGUGGUACAACCAGUGCUUCUACGCCAACCUUAAUGGCGUCUACUACAGGGGAGGCCAUUACACUCCUAAAGGCCGGGGCCCGCUGGGUCCUGAUGGGAUUGUUUGGUACUCCUGGAGAGACUCUGACUAUUACUCCCUACGCAAAGUCAGCAUGAUGAUCCGACCACGCUCCUUCCGAACCCGUCUGUCACCAUGACCCACUGUUACCAUGACAACCAUCAGGACACAGGAGGGAUUGCUGGGACACCGUACCGAUGAUGACAUGCAGCGAUGUUUUUGUUGACAGAGCUCAUCAGGAGGGAACUGAAUGCCACUUAUGUCAACAACAAUGGCCUCUCCUCUGCUAUUUUUAAAAAGCUGCACAUGGACAUAUGGCUGGUAUGCUCCUCAAAAACUGUGGACUCAUUUUCUGCUGCACAUUUUUUGUUGAAAACACAAACUUUGUACUACAGUCACAGAGGAAGUGAUUCCUCCUUAUUUUCUACUAUAUUUUGUACCUUUAGUUUGAUACUUUGACACUUGACACACUGUUACUCCAGCCAAAAACACAAAGGUACAUUUGUAUGAUGUGUUGACAGAUGAGUGAAGGGGCUCACAGAGGAGGCAUGUGGCAGGAAGAUCAUGACUCAAUGAUCUGAUGUGUGCUUAUUCCAUAUUUAUGAUUACUAUAUUAUCCAAUUAUUUAUUUAAAUUUAAGCCAACUAUGAGUUUAAUCCACUGUUUAAAAAUUAAAUCAAAAGGGUUUUAAUACUAUAACAAGUCAGAACAUAAGAACGCUAAAUUAUAUUAGAUAUACUAACCCUUUGAUAAGUGCUACUGUCUCACAGUGUAGGGUCAGGCAGAGAUGAUGUGCUAUAU